AUGGUAGAAGAGGAUGACGGCAUGGAAGCGUUCGAUUUCGACGAGCGCGAUCUUGAAUUCGCAUUGAAUCCUGGUGGUCGACGACAUUUCCAAACCAAGAACCAAGCAACAUAUGGUGGGGUGAGACCACCUCUUUUGUGUUCUUCGGCUACAGUUGUGAAGAUUUUUUCCACAUUUUUCCUCAAAAUUGAUAUUGUUCUAGUAUCUGGGCCGACAAGGAGGAGAGUGAUGAAGAGGAUGCCUAUGCCAGACCAUCGUUCGGGAAUGCGUACAUCUGCUGUCAGAAGCGCUGUAGAUCCAAAUGCAUCCAGCGAUUGGACUAAAUAUGGCAAAGGGGGUGUGGUCAAGAAAAUGAUGGAAGCCAUGGGAUACAAAGAGGGCGAGGGACUGGGAGCUUCGAGGCAAGGAAUUGUUGAACCCGUACAGGCCGCUGUUCGUAAAGGUCGCGGAGCUAUUGGAGCUUAUGGAAAAGAAGCAGUUGGGCCUAGAUUUGGAGAAACCGCUGCUGAUGCACAGCGUCGCAUAGCUGAGCAGCGAGAAGCUGGUGAGGCGACGGAAGAAGUAUCUACUCCUCAGCUAAAAACCGCUUGGAAGAAAGCGUCAAAGGUCAAAACUCGUUACAAGACCUUAGAUGAGGUUAUAGAAGAAGGCGGAUCUAUUGGAUUCCGUUCAGCAGUACAAACUGGAGUGAAAGUCAUUGAUAUGACAGGGCCAGAGCAACGGGUGUAUAGUGGAUAUGAUUCAUUUUCUAUGAAGAAUAGACCGGUGUUCAACGAUAUGAGCGAUCGUGAGAAUUUUGAUGUACCUGAGCUAAUGCAUAACUUGAAUUUGCUUGUUGAUCUGACGGAGGAAAGUAUACGACGAAAUGAUCAUCAGUUAAAAACGAUCAAGGAUCGAACAACUGCACUGGAAUAUGAUCUCAAGCAGGCGAAGGAAAUGCUUGAAAGUGAGGAAAGGGCUAGCGAAAAGAUCAAAGAGGUUUACGACUUGAUUGAAAAGUUUUCCAAACGAAAAGGUGAUGAAGCUCCUUCUAUUAACGACUGUCAAGCUCUGUUCACAAAGUUACGCACUGAAUACAAAGAAGAGUAUCAUAUGUUCAAUAUCGAGGCGCUUGCGGUGCCUCUUGUUCUUCCACAGAUUAGUGAAUACUUCUCAAAAUGGCGACCGCUUGAUCCCGAUCACCUCAUUUAUGGCGUAGACCUAAUGAAGGAGUGGCGUGAUAUCUUGGUGGAUGCUGAAAAUGUCUCAAUGUUUACAGUUAGAAAAGAAACACCUAUCCAGAUCGCCUUAGUGCCUACGACAGACUUCUGUGGGAAGGAUGGUUACCCUCACUUCGACGGGCUUCUUUGA